CAGUAAUCCGUUAUUUCCCAAUCGUCACAGAUGUCAUGAAAUGAUAUAAAAUGAUCAGCAGACAGGACUGUCAGGCACAUCCAUCUGCGGCGGAAGGCGAUACCCUGAAGUGAACCAUGGACAUCCGAACAGUAGCAUUCAUUCUCUGCACUCUCCUGGAAAUAACCAACACUCACGGGGCAGCAUUGCCAUGCGGUGGUGUACUCAAUGAGCCCAAAGGUGAAUUCUUCAGCCCCAACUACCCUAAUUCUUACCCCAACAAAGCCCACUGCACCUGGAGCAUCCAGAGCACAGGAGACCGCAUCAUAGAGCUCAGCUUCCCCUUCGUGAAUGUGGAGUAUGUGAACUGGGAUGCAGACUGCAGGUUUGACUCCAUCAGUGUGUACGAUGGACCCGUGUCUGAUGACCGGUUGCUAAGCAGGAUAUGUGGCAACCAAACUCGAGUCUUUAAUUCCACUCGGAACGAGUUGACUGUGGUCUUCACCAGUGACUCCACGUUUCCUUACAAAGGAUUCCAUGCAAGUUACAGCUUUGUUGAUGUUCCAGUUCUGCCAGAUUAUCCAACUACAGAAGUAAUUAGGCCAACCCCGGAUCCUAAAGAUAUGAAAUGUGGUGGCGAGCUGACUGAGCCCAAAGGGGAAUUCUUCAGCCCUAACUACCCCAAAAAUUACCCCAUCAAAGCUAAAUGCACCUGGAGCAUCAAGAGCACAGGAAACCGCAUCAUAGGACUCACAUUUCCUGUUGUAAACCUUGAGACGGACUGGUUGAAGGACUGCCGGUUUGACUCCGUUAGAGUGUAUGACGGCCCUGCUUCUGACGACCGCUUGCUCGGCAGACUCUGUGGCACACAAAACGGCCACUUUAACUCGACUAGGAACGAGCUGACGGUUGUCUUCUCCAGUGACUCCAGCACAACUUUCAGUGGCUUCAAAGCAGAGUAUGGCUUCAUUGAUGUCCCCAGUUUAUCAGAAUAUCCAACCCCAGUUCCUACGGAGGACCCAGCAGAAAUGUGUGGCAGCGUGCUUGAAGAGCCCAAAGGUGAAUUCUUCAGCCCCAACUACCCUGGUUCUUACCCCAAUAAAGCCAACUGCACCUGGAGCAUCCAGAGCACAGGAGACCGCAUCAUAGAGCUCAGCUUCCCCUUCAUGCAAGUAGAAUAUAGGAACUGGGAUGCAGACUGCAGGUUUGACGCCAUCAGUGUGUAUGAUGGACCCGUGUCUGAUGACCGGUUGCUACACAGGCUGUGUGGCAACCAAACUCUCUCCAUCAAAUCAACAAAAAAUGAGAUGACUGUGCUCUUCACCAGUGACUCCACUUUUCCUUACAAAGGAUUCCAUGCUAGUUACAGCUUUGUUGAUAAGGCUUAAUCAGCAGCCUGACGUGCCACUUUCAUCCACAGUCAUCACACAGAAACAGAAACUACAUCUUUGCCAUCAGGCACCCUUCGUUCAUCGCCACACCUGAUUUGAAUAAUGGCGGUUCUCUGCAAGAGAAGAGUUCUAAAACCCAUGACACUACCCACUUAAGGAUUCUGUGCAAUUACAACUUUACAUUAAAUAAAGUAUUGGUUUGUUCUGA